UCGGGCUGCCUGUGCGGGGCAGGCAGCAGCUCCCGCCGCUCGCUCGGGGCUGCCGUUCGUGUCGACUGCCCAGAGUCCAUGAAGCAGCCCCUGCCUGCGCUGCCCAGCAAGAUCCCCAGCCUGUGAGCCAUGGCCUACCACAGCUUCCUGCUGGAGCCCAUCAGCUGUCACGCCUGGAACAAGGACCGGACCCAGAUUGCCCUCUGCCCCAACAACCAUGAGGUCCACAUCUACCGCAAGGAUGGGGCCAAGUGGAGCAAAGUCCACGAGCUGAAGGAGCACAAUGGGCAGGUGACAGGCAUCGACUGGGCCCCUGAGAGCAACCGGCUGGUGACGUGCGGGACCGACCGCAACGCCUACGUCUGGACCCUGAAGGGCAACGUCUGGAAACCCACCCUGGUCAUCCUGAGGAUCAACCGGGCCGCCCGCUGCGUCAAGUGGUCCCCCAAGGAGAACAAGUUUGCCGUGGGCAGCGGCUCCCGCCUCAUCUCCAUCUGCUACUUCGAGCAGGAGAACGACUGGUGGGUCUGCAAGCACAUCAAGAAGCCCAUCCGCUCCACAGUGCUCAGCCUCGACUGGCACCCCAACAACGUCCUCCUGGCUGCUGGCUCCUGUGACUUCAAGUGCAGGAUCUUCUCAGCUUACAUCAAGGAGGUGGAGGAGCGGCCCAGCCCCACACCAUGGGGCUCCAAGAUGCCCUUUGGGGAGCUGAUGUUCGAGUCGAGCAGCAGCUGCGGGUGGGUGCACAGCAUCUGCUUCUCAGCCAGCGGCGCCCGCGUGGCCUGGGUGAGCCACGACAGCACCCUCUGCCUGGCCGAUGCCAACAAGAAGAUGGCCGUGGCCUCCCUGUGCACCGAGACCCUGCCUCUCCUGGCUGUCACCUUCAUCACUGAAAACAGCCUCGUGGCUGCCGGCCACGACUGCUACCCCAUGCUGUUCACCUACGAGGAGAGCCAGGGCACCCUGACCUUCGGGGGGAAGCUGGAUGUCCCCAAGCAGAACUCCCAGCGCGGCCUCACUGCCCGCGAGCGCUUCCAGAACCUGGACAAGAAGGCGAGCUCGGACACGGCCAACGCCACCCUGGACACCCUGCACAAGAACAGCAUCAGCCAGAUCUCAGUGCUGGCGGGUGGGAAGGCCAGCUGCUCUCAGUUCUGCACCACAGGCAUGGAUGGUGGCAUGAGCAUCUGGGAUGUCAAGAGCCUGGAGUCUGCGCUGAAGGAUCUCAAGAUCAAAUGAAGGAGCCAGCCGGGAAGGGUGUCCCCCUGCCAGCCUGUCCCUGCCCGCUUUGUCCCCAGCCCCGUGUCACACCAGCCGGCCGCGGGGCCACCAGCGCCCCCGGCUGCCUCCAGCCCCGGCGGCUGCUCUCACACCCAGAAAACUUUGGGUUUUCUUCUUCUUUUUGUUACCAUCCUACCCGAUGCUGGUCAUACGUCGCUUAAAGGAACCAAGGAAAAAAAAAAAUAAUAAACUCGGGAUUUUUUCCUGCCUAUA